AUGGAGUAUAAUAAGCCAGAUGCGUUGGUUUUGACGGGUAAUUUGGCAGAAAAUUGGCGCGUUUUUCGUGAAGCGUUCGAGAUUUACAUUGAGGCGGCUGGUCUAACGUCAGCGUCUAAUAAACGUCAGGUGGCCAUUUUUCUUAACCUUGUUGGUAAAGAGGGCCUAGAGAGGUAUAACACCCUCAAAUUUGAAAACGCCGAAGACAAUAAGAAAAUUGAGCAAGUGCUUAACGCGUUUCAAGAUUAUUGCAAACCAAAAAAAAAUAUUUUACACUCCAGGUAUAUAUUUUAUAAACGGUCUCAAAAAGAAAAUGAAUCGAUUGAGGAGUUUCUGUCAGCGUGUCGUGGUUUGAUCAAAGAUUGUGAAUUUAAAUCUCAUGAAGAAAUUUUACGUGACAAAAUUGUUCUUGACACGAGAGAUGGUGAAACUCGCGACAAGUUAAUUAAACAAGCUGAUGUUACUCUUGAAACUGCAAUAGAUACCCUUCGUAUUGCUGAAAUCCAACGAAGAGAACUCAAUCAAAUGAAGGAGAUUGGUGAAAAACAGAAUGAAGUAAAUGCAGUUCAUUCAAAAGUACGUGGUGGUAAGCGAACAAAUCAAGCUCAACAUCACUACACUCAGAACAACGGUAACAAUGGACACCGUGGUCAAUGUCAAACAAAUCAACGACAGGCAAAAGGAUAUAACCAACAGGAGGAGUCACAACAGGUUGUCAAAAAUAAAGGUAACUUUUCUGUAAAUAAUAAAAAAACGAAUAAUAAUUGUAAUCGGUCUGAUAAAUUAUGCAAAUAUUGUAAUUUUAUGCACGGUAAAGGCAAAUGCCCUGCGUAUGGUAAAAAAUGUUUAAAAUGUAACAAAUUUAAUCAUUUUCAAAAUGUUUGUAAAUCUGAGAUUGCAUUUGUUGAAAACGUUGAUGGGCUGAGUAUUGAUAAUUAUUUUUGUUCUACGGUAUAUACAAUGAAUACUUUUGCUGUUUCCUGGUCUGAGACUAUUCUCGUUGAAAAUAAAAGUAUUAAUUUUAAGCUAGAUACUGGCUCUGAUGUUAAUCUACUGACUUUAAAUGAUUUUAACUUAAUUAAAAAUAAUUGUUCUUUUAAAAAUUUAGUAGUUAACAGACGACCGAUAAAUUUACAGGCAUAUGGCGGUAGUAAUAUUAAUACAUACUUUACAGUUGAUUUAAAAGUAAAAUUAAGAGAAAAAGAAUAUAUUUUAAAUUUUGUAAUUGUUGAAAAUCAUUGCAAGCCGAUUUUAGGUCUACAUAGCUGUAUACAGUUAGGGCUAAUAAAUAAAGUAGAAAAUGUUGAUAAGAUAUUAAGUCUUAAUGAUGUACUUCAGAACUAUUGCACGGUUUUUACAGGUCUUGGUAACUUUCCUGACGAAUAUAGCAUACAAUUAAAGCCCAAUGCAAUACCUGUUACAAAUGUUCCACAUAGAGUUCCUAUUAAUAUCCAAGAUAAGCUGAAAUGUGAACUAGAUCGAUUAGUCUCAGAAAAAAUAAUUAGAGAAAUAAAUGAGCCGACCGAGUGGGUAAACAGAUUAGUAAUUGUUGAAAAGAAAAAUGGAAGUAUGAGAUUAUGUCUAGAUCCACGCGAUCUAAAUGAAAAUAUAAUUCAUGAAUAUUGUGUAAUACCUACGUUAUCAGAUUUAUCGUCAAAACUGAAAAAUGCAAGGGUUUUUUCUGUUUUUGAUUUGAAAGAUGGUUUUUGGCAAAUAAAAUUAGAUUUAGAAAGUUCUAAAUUAUGCACGUUUGGUACUAUGUUUGGUACUUUUUGUUUCAAUAGACUUCCCUUUGGAAUAAAUAAUGCAGCUGAAAUAUGUCAAAAAUGGAAUAUGAAAGUGUUCGGAGGUAUUGAAAAUGUGUUCAUAUAUCUUGAUGAUAUUUUAGUUUUUGGUGACACUGAGGCUCAACAUGAUUGUGCAUUAAAACAGGUUUUAGAUUUGGCUAUGAAAAAUAAUAUUAAAUUUAAUAAAAACAAAAUUCAAUAUAAGGUAGAUAAAGUUAAUUACCUUGGCCAUACAUUUUCAUAUGAAGGCAUGAAACCAGAUAGUGAUCGUAUUAAAUCUAUUUUCGAGUACGAAGUACCAAAAACUAUAAAAUAUUUGCAAAGGUUUUUAGGUAUGGUUAAUUAUGUCGGAAAUUUUAUUCCUAACCUGGCAAUGUUGACUAAGCCACUAAGAGAUCUUCUUAAAAAAAAUAAUGAGUUUGUAUGGACAUCAAUACAUAAUGAGUCUGUAAAUAAACUUAAAACAUUAAUUGCUAGUCCCUCCGUACUUAGAAACUAUGAUAACACAAAAGACGUGAUCAUACAGACUGAUAGUAGUAAGUUUGCCAUUGGAUGUGUUUUGUUACAAGAAGGCAGACCAGUUUGUUUUAAAUCGAAAAGCUUAUCUGAAACCGAAAUUAACUACGGACAGGUUGAUAAGGAAUUUCUGCACGUGACAGUUCAAACCGAUCACCUUCCUUUAAUUUCGCUAAUGAAAAAGAACAUAAAUGACAUUCCGUCUAAAAGGCUUCAAUGCAUUAAGGUCAAAUUAUCACGAUAUGAUAUUAAUCUUAUCCAUGUACCGGGAAAAAAAAUGUUUAUCGCAGAUGCAUUAAGUCGUGCGUGUAUAUCGUCUCGAGAUAACGACGACGUUGAUAUCGAUGUUUCCGAUGUAGUUCAUUCAAUUAAUAUGUCUACAAAUAUUCGAAAUGAGUUUGUACAAGAAACAAUUAAAGAUGAUUUAUUAAAACAAUUAGUAUAUGUGUGCAAGAAUGGCUGGCCUAAGCAUAACAAUAAAGUCUCACGUGAGCUUAAACCAUACUUUAAUAUGCGUUACCAAAUAUCAUUUGAAGACGAUUUACUUUUUCUUAAUAAUCGUGUGUUUGUCCCUAUGAAGUUACAGAAUAAAAUUGUAUUUAAACUACACGAAACUCAUCUUGGAAUUUGUAAGACUAAAACGAGAGCACGUUCCUUAUUUUAUUGGAAAGGUUUAGAUAAAGAUAUCGAGGAAUAUAUUGGUAAUUGUGCAGUAUGUAAUAAGUUUAGGAGUGAGAAUAUUAAAGACCCUAUGAUUUGUCAAGAAGUUCCUAAUCUACCUUUUGAGAAAGUUGCGUGUGAUAUUUUGGAUUAUGGGAAAGAUACUUACCUAGUAUUAGUUGAUUACUAUUCUGGUUGGCUUGAGUUAAAUUAUUUAUCUUCUAAAACUUCAAGUCAUAUAAUUAAAAUACUAAAAGUUAUUUUUUCGAUACAUGGGAUUCCAAAGCAACUCGUGGCAGAUAAUAUGCCAUUUAAUUCUAAUGAAUUUCAGAAUUUUGCGACUGAUUGGGAAUUUGUUAUAACUACGUCAAGCCCUAGAUACCCAAAAUCUAACGGACUUGCGGAGAAAGGUGUAAGUAUUGCGAAAUCAAUACUUAAAAGAUCGGAUGAAGGUAAAGUUGAUAAACAAUUAAUGUUGUUAGAAUAUCGAAACAGUGCUAUCAUUGGCUCUAAGUUUUCCCCAGCACAACUUUUAAUGAGUCGCACUUUAAGAUCGAAAAUUCCAAUCUUAAACAAUGCUCUACAGCCUACAGAUUUAUUAACUAAAACUUGGAAGCCAGGUAAAAUCAUCAAUAAAUACAAUACGCCCAGAUCAUAUGUUUUUAGUGAUGACACAGGUAAUAAUAAACGAAGAAAUAUUGUACAUUUAAGGCCUGCCGGUAAACAGCUCAGGUAUAAUUUGUACAAAGAUAAUAAUAUUGUUUCGAAGCCUAGUUGGAUACGUAAGCGACGUGUUGUACCUCCAACUAAGCUUAAUUUAUAA